AUGCUGAGGGAUGGAGGGAGUACUCUGCUGAAGGAGGAUGGGAAGAAGAGCUGGAAGAAGAGAUACUUCCUGCUCAGAGCCUCUGGGAUCUACUAUGUACCUAAAGGAAAAGCCAAGGCUUCCAGAGAUCUGGUGUGUUUCCUGCAGCUGGAUCAUGUUAAUGUGUACUACGGACAGGACUACCGCAGCAAGUACAAGGCCCCCACAGACUACUGCCUGGCCCUCAAGCAUCCUCAGAUCCAGAAGAAAUCCCAGUACAUCAAGUACCUGUGUUGUAAUGAUGUCAGAACUCUACACCAGUGGAUCAAUGGGAUACGCAUCGCCAAGUAUGGGAAGACCCUGUAUGUGAACUACCAGGAGGCUAUGAAGAGGACUGAGGCAGCCUACGACUGGUCCUCUCUCUCUAGCUCCUCUAUCAAGUCUGGAUCCAGCUCCUCCAGCCUGCCUGAGUCCCAGUCGACCCACUGCAGUAGUGAUAGUGGUGUUGCUGUGUCAGAGAACAACCUGUCAGGCCACAGCCGCUCUCAGAGCCAGGUCAGCUCCAUCUUCUCCGAGGCCUGGAAGAGAGGCACCCAAGAUGAGGAGAGGAAGGUCCACUUUGAUACGGUGCCCCUGUGCACUGGAGGGACGGAGUACCGCCAGCCCAGUGAAGACUUCCCCUCUCUUCCUCAGUACCGCCAGCCCAGUGGAGACUUCCCCUCUCUUCCUCAGUACCGCCAGCCAGUGAAGACUUCCCCUCUCUUCCUCAGUACCGCCAGCCCAGUGAAGACUCCCCUCUCUUCCUCAUACCGCCAGCCCAGUGAAGACUUCCCCUCUCCUCCUCAGUACCGCCAGCCCAGUGAAGACUUCCCCUCUCUUCCUCAGUACCACCAGCCAACCCCGCCGCAGGCUACGCCCAUCUCCCACCCCGUCAGCCAAUCAUCAUGGAAGACGCAGUCACUGAAGAAGACUCCGCCUCUGACGCUGCAAGGCUGUCCCGGAGCCACACGGUCCAGGAGACCUUACCCUGUCCCCCGUACCAGCACCAGACCCCCCCAGCCUCCUUCGCCUGUCCCCGGCCCCCACCUCCCCGGGGUGCCUAAGGGGGGCGGUUACCCUCUCCUCGGUCCAACCCACUUCCUGGAGGACCUGAACCGAACCUUGAAGAGGAAGUCCAUCUCACGUCACGGCUCCCUCACGGGUCACGGUUCCACCCGGCUGGAACCCGUCUCUAUGGACGACAGCCUCCCGCUCCACCCUCCGGACCAACAGAGGGGGGGCAGGGCGGGGCACGGGUACAUUGUCCUCGGCUAUGCAACGUUACGGCGGGGGCCGCGCCCGCCCGCCAAAAAGGACGAAAGCACCAAACUGACGGGUGAGUGGUAGCUAGGGGUGGAUAGUGGUGGUAGCUAGGGAGAGGAGGAUGACUUGGGCCGAGCUGCCAAGGCUAUGGACCCAUCAAGGUCCCAGUCUACGACUGACUACAGCCUAUGGACCCAUCAAGGUCCCAGUCUACAGACUGACUACAGCCUAUGGACCAGUCUACAGACUGACUACAGCCUAUGGACCCAGUCUACAGACUGACUACAGCCUAUGGACCCAGUCUACAGACUGACUACAGCCUAUGACCCAUCAAGGCCCAGUCUACAGACUGACUACAGCCUAUGGACCCAGUCUACAGACUGACUACAGCCUAUGGACCCAGUCUACAGACUGACUACAGCCUAUGGACCCAGUCUACAGACUGACUAACAGCCUAUGGACCCAUCAAGGGCCCAGUCUACAGACUGACUACAGCCUAUGGACCCAGUCUACAGACUGACUACAGCCUAUGGACCCAGCUACAGACUGAC